AGCCCCCGGCUGUGUUUCCUAUAAAUGUAAAUAACGGUGACUCUGCCCCGAGUGACCGGACCACACACAUCCCACCUGUGGUACCGGGCCCCGGUCAGCACCACUCCCACACCAGCCUCUCCGGCCGGCCGCCACCGCCAUUGCCCCGCCCUUCUCCCCUGUGACACCAGAGGCGGGGAGUACGGAACGGUGACGAUUGGCCGAUCCCCCGGCCGCUUCCUCCAAUCGGCAGGCCGGCCUGUGGUAGUGCGAAUAGCGCUGUGGGGGGAUCUCAGUCAGUCAGCAGUGCUGCUGGGAGGAGGAGGUGGAGGAGGACGGCUCUCCUACCGCCAGCUCCUCCAACCGACACGGUCACACACCGGGGGCCCCGCAGGCACUGAUUUGGCUCUGCGUGGGCAAGAUGGCAGUCACCUUGGAUAGGAUCAGGAAGAUGGGAUUUCUUAUUUUGAAAAUUGUCGUACGGUUCGCCUUCAUGUUCAUCAAUAAUAUGGUUGCUAUUCCAUCCUAUGUAUUAUAUUUAGUAGCUCUGCAACCUAUCAGACUUGUAGACAGAAAACUUUUCUGGUGUAUUGAAGGAGUCAUGUUUAAAUGGCUCUUGGCUAUGGUAGCAUCGUGGGGCUGGACUGCGGGGUACACAGUGAACCUACAGGUACCAGCAUGGUCAGGCUGCCAAGGCAAGAUGGAUCUUGGAGAACCACAAGUACAAGCUUGCUCUGUUGUUGAAUGGGGCGACAACGUUCACACGAUCACAGAAGAUGAAGCUGUAAUGUUGGUGAAUCAUCAAGCAACUGGAGAUGUCUGCACAUUAAUGAUGUGCUUACAGGACAAAAGCACGGUGGUUCGGCAAAUGAUGUGGCUAAUGGACCAUAUAUUCCAAUAUACAAAUUUCGGUAUAGUGUCCCGUGUACACGGAGACUUUUUUAUCCGGCAGGGCAAAGCUCAUCGUGACCAGCAGCUGAUCCUUCUGAAGGACCACCUAGAAAAAUAUUACAGGAGUCGAGAUCGAAAGUGGAUCAUUUUAUUUCCAGAGGGUGGUUUUCUCAGGAAACGAAGGGAAACAAGCCAGUUAUAUGCCAAGAAAAAUAACUUGCCGUUUCUUACUCAUGUUACCCUUCCCAGACUGGGAGCUACAGAAGUUAUCUUGAAGACCUUGCUGGCCCAGCAAGAGAAUGGAACGCCGGCAGGAGGGUAUUCAGGUUUAGCGGGCCGGAAACCUAAAGGCUUACAAUGGAUAAUAGACACCACCAUUGGUUACCCCAACGCAGAUCCUAUGGACAUUCAAACUUGGAUUCUGGGCUAUCGGCCACCUACUGUCACACAUGUGUACUACAGAAUUUAUUCCAUCAAAGAUGUUCCCAUGGAAACAGAAGCAUUAACAGAUUGGUUAUAUCAGCGCUUUGUGGAGAAAGAGGAGCUAUUGUCACACUUCUAUGAAACAGGUGCUUUUCCUCCCCCGCAAGGACAGAAGAAAGCCAUGCCAAGAGCAAUGAUUCUCAACAACAUCUGGCUCUUCCUUGUACAGUCGCUGGCGUUUUUGUCAGGGUACAUGUGGUACUGCGUUCUUCACUAUUUUUAUCAAUGCCUAUUUUAAAAGCUCAAGGGGACCUGAGGAUUAAAAUGUAGGCAAUUUCAAGCUCUUGUGGAAGAGCAUCAUGUUAUAUGUGUGAAUGUGAAUAACAUCACAGUCAAGAAACUAGCUGACGUUGUUUUUCUUUUUUUUUUUCUUUUUUUUUUCUUUUUUUUUUAUAAAUCUCUAUAUAAUUUUAUUUUAUUAUGAUUGGUUUUUUUUUUUUUUGCAUCUUAAGCUCUAAUUGGGGCUAUUUUAAACUCACGUGAUAAUAUGGAUCAGUGUCGGUGACCUGCUAAUGUUUUUUUUAGCAAAUGGGCAUGAGUCCUUCUCGAUCCUUUUUUUUUUUUUCUUCAAAGAUGAAGGGUUUAUUCAUGACAGAACGCAUCAACGUUUCCUAAUAAUAAAAACAUUUUAAUGGAAUACACCUCUGCAAUCUUAAAAUUGUAGGUUGCAGCAACCCUGCCGUUAUUUGUUUCCUUUAGUAAUUGGGGGUUUGCCCAAGUUACCGCCCACAAUACAAGACUGUGAAACGCGUUGAUAGUUUGUUUUUAUUUUAAUUAACGAUCGCCCAAGGAACGCGUUGUCAUGAAGAUUCUGGUGAGAUUACAUAGGAAUAGGUGUCUGUUCUGUCCUGUUCGGUGUCCUUCAUGGCAUUACGAAAUCAUGUAUCCAACAUAACGAAGAUCGAGAUGUGUCAUUCUUGUUUUAUGUUUACCACAAUGCACCUGGUUUACUUGUACAAGUCUCCUUAUCUCUGAGGAUGUCAAUUUACCUGUAAAGUUAACAAAUGUUUCUUUGUGUUAGUACGACUACGCACCAUUUUGUAUGUGAAUUUUAUCAUUGUAGUGUUUUUUUCUCUUUUCUUCUUUAAUUGCACUUUUUUUUCCAACCGUUAUAAUUCUGUGGACUGUAUUUUUUUCCAAAUAAGUGCUAAAGCUUUUAGAUCCCACAUCUGAUGUUAUUUCAUCAGGAAAGUUCCUCAGCUGAAAUUUCUUGUUAUAUUAUUGUAAUUCUGUCUUUAUGGCACUACAUAUAUUUGACAAGCAAUGGGACAUGGCCGGGGGGAUGCUAUUGUAUUGCCAAUGCAGAAGUGACUCUGACCAUAUGUGUCCAAUAUUCUAUUAAUCAAUCCCUUGAAUCCUUCACAGGAGCACAGCAGACGGGCGCUGAUCUCUGGUGUUUAAGGGCAUUGCAAAGUCCAGUUUUCAUAGCACAAUAGACAGAUGUCUUUUACUAUGCUGAUCGGUUAUAGUAAUACCAUGUAGAGGAUAAUUUGUAUUUCAGAGGCUGUUUUCAUCAAUGAAAUCCACAGCGGAGAAGGAAAAAAAAAAAUUGGUGCCAAAAUCUUUUUACCUAUUCACUGCCCUAGAGGCCAUCAGUGUAUUUAUAACCAUGAUAACUGGUUACAUUUAAUUGUAAUUAUAAGAUGAAAAGGUGGAGAGGAGGUCAUUUUGAAUACAUUGCUAUGUACCUGCUACAAUUGAUUUAAUACAAUUUUUGUUUUCUUGCUGUAAUGGAACAAUAUAUUUGGGUCAAAUAAGCCAAAAAUUAAAAUAACAUGUUUUGUUUUUAGAAAUAAUUUGCUGACACUGAAUUUUGCAAAUUGCUUGUUAUCCUUAUGCAUAGGACAUGUUUGUUAUAGAGAGAAUACUCAUAUACAGCAUGGACAGAAGUGAAGAUUUCAUUAUCACCUGAUCUAUCAGUUUCUUAAUGAACGAACGAGAGCGUCUACAGUCAAUUUUGUUUAGAGCUCUUCUUUGUGAUUAGAUUUUGAUUGGCAUCUCAUAUAAUAAUGCUGAUUAUAAAGUGAUAUAAGGAUACAGCUCAGAAAAUAUAUGGGGAGUUCAAAAAGUCCCUUAACAGUAAUUGUGUGCUAAGCAAGUCUCCCCGCAGAAAAAGUGUGCUGAGUGAUAUGGGAACAUAAUUGUUAUUAAACACUUCAUUUACCUGAAAUAAAAUAAUUUGUUACAUGCUAAUCUUCAUUAAGUGUUGAAAGUUUUGUCACUCACUGGCCCCCCACAGCUACAGAGGCGUUCUGAAGCCAGAGACGGUGCUCACUGUGAAGGGACUUUUUGAACUCCCUAUAUUAAGAAUAUGGACUCUGAACAGAUGUCAAUGUUUUCUAAAAGUAUAUAAACCUAGAAAUGGUCAUAAAUAA